AUGUCGCUCUGUCCAAAUGGGGCUCCGCCCAUGUUCUUGCCAUGGACAAACGUCACAGUCACGACCAACCAGAAGGCCAUAACUAGAGGCAUUCAGGUGUCCAUGGGGAGUCCGCCACAGAUAGUAUCGCUCAGGCCAAGCACUUCCGACGAUGUUCUGUAUGUGGUGAAUCGAGAGCAGUGCUCUCCACAAUACAAUGACUCCUGUAUCGGACUGUACGGUGGUGUCUUCGACUACUCAAAAUCACAGACGUUUCUACAGGUUGCAGAGGCUCAAUGGAACGGUACACUCGAAUCGAACCCAAAUCAACUGUCCUUCGUCCACUUCAACGAUCUUUUGACCUUUGGGAAUGCUUCCAUAUAUGGAUAUCCUGCGGUAUAUGACGAACCCGGCUAUGGUGGACAAGGCGUUAUCCCGCUCGGAGCUGGUUCGGACUUCCUGAGGAUUGGCGUUGAAACCAAUUCCACACCAUCCACCGUUUUCGGACUCUGGCCUGGCUCUCGGUCCAUCGACCACCCAGUCGACGGGUCACUCGUUAUCGGCGGCUAUGACACGACCAGAAUCAAUGGCACUCUGACCACUUUCGACUCUCAGGAACAGUGUGAGAUGUGCGUCGUCAUCACUGGCCUCUCUUACUCCGACGAAACCGGCUCUACGAACCUCUUUUCCAAUUCAUCCGAAUCGCUUCAAGUCAACUUGAAUCCUUCACAAAGGGUGCUCUACGUCCCGCAAGGCGUUUGGGAAAACUUUAAGACAGCUACUGGUGGCUACUACAACGCCUCGUAUCUGUCUUAUGCAUCCAACGCUGUACCAACAGGUAAUGUCACCGUGACGCUGCAGAAUGGCUACAAGUCCGUCAUCCCUGCUGAGGAAUUGUUCUACUACCCACGCGGCUACAACGACGAUGGCCAAUACGAGGUUGUCGACAACACGUACCAGAUCAGCACGGUCAUCAAUACUACCAGCGACGGAUACGUGCUGGACUGGGGUAUCCCUUAUAUGACAAUGAACUACAUUAUCGCAGACUACAAGCGCUCGCAGUUCCAGAUGGCACCCGCAAUUCGGACAAACUUCGACAAUAUAGGGGGUGGCUAUGCGCUCAAGGCGUCCUGUGAUCCAACGACGGAAGCAACACCUGCUCCGACCAGCAGUGCGACGGUCGGUCCUGUUUCGACCACAGCAGCCGCCUCAUCCCACCACAGCAGCAGCAACGUCGGUCCUAUCGUCGGAGGGGUGGUAGGUGGCGUGCUCGGUCUCAUCCUCAUCGUUGGUGGACUUGCGCUGCUGUUCUACCGAAGCCGGCGGCGCAGGAAUUUUGCAGCUAGCGGCGAACACGGACAGCCCAUGAUGACACAACCGAUGGCUAAUGAUGGCAUACCGCACAAUGGUGGAUCGCAAGCGGACAGGUAUUCUCGCUGGACAGCGAUGUCUCCCACAGAGGCACCCAGCGAGCUGGGGGGAGGCGAAAAGACAAACGGGGCACAUGCGAGCGUCAAUCAAUGGCUGUCAAGUCAAGCUAGUGAUACGCAGACGGUUGUGAGCUCCACGUCGCCGAACCCCAAUGUCGGCGCAACACUAGGACAUAACAUGGGCUCGCCCCAGACCACUCAUCAGCAGCAAACGGGGACGAUGGAUAGACCAUUCGAGAUGCCCGCCCAGCCAUAUGAUACUCGGUAG